AUAAAGCACGACAUAUAAAUGCUACGUUUACAUCUGUAUAUAAUAUAGCAUCAAAUACUUGCCACUGCGAAUCAUCUACCGCCAAUUGAGCAUAUCUAAACUUACACAGCGUUAACGAAAUGGCAUCCUCCGCAGACACCACCCCGCUCGUCGAUCACAUCGUGAUCCUUGUCCCCCACUCUUUCCUCUCAGCCCCACCAUCGUGGUUCUCGGACGUCUUCCACUUCCAUUCUGGGGGCCGCCACGCCGACGGCCGCACGGAGAACACCCUCGUGUACCUGCCUGACGGCGCGUACCUCGAGUUCAUCGCAUUCGUGCCUGGCAUCGAUCCCGCCGACCGGGCCUCACAUCACUGGGGUUCAAAGAAAGAGGGCACGGUCAUCGACUGGGCCGUCACGCUCCCUUCGACGGCGGAAGACGAAGCCGAAAGGGAAAAGGAAAGAGCGGCCGCGGGAGACGGAGGGGAGCUGAGGUCGGAGAAACUGUUCCGCGAAGUCCAGCGCAAGGUCCGGGAGCAGAACACGGGGAUCGUGUACGGCGACCUGAGACGCGGAGGAAGGACGAAGCCAGCUGGCGAGGUGCUGAAGUGGAGCGUUGCGUUUGCGAAGCGCGAGGACGGCGAGACGCUUGAGCUAGGCGCUGUGCCUUUCUGGUGCGUGGACAUCACGCCUCGCCGUAUGAGGGUCCCGUUCGAGACUCCGGGGAACGCGAAACACCCGUCCGGCGCCGUGGGCGUGGCUAAAGUCGAAGUCCACCACGAAUCGCUGACGACGGCGAAAAGUGCCAAGGGCGUCUACGAUGCACUAUUUGAGAAGCAGACUACGGAGGGGGGUGGGUGGAAGCUUAGCAGUAUCGCUGGUGAAAAGGUGCAUUCUGGGGCGGCUGUGAGCCUGGGUGCAUCGGACGGCCCGGCGAGGAUUGAUAUCUCCUUUUUCACGGAUGAUGAUAGUUGGGCUGGGAAGUCGGUUGGUGGGAAGAUUGAUGAGGAGCAUACGCUUACGUUCCACCUUGUUGCAACAUCUGGGAGCAAGUGAUGUCCAGGUCGUGCUAUUAAUCUCAUUUACGACACAUUGCUUAUUAGCGUGUAAAGUGGCAGAUGUGUUCCUAGACUUAGCUGUUGAGAUCAAUCGCGCUUGCAUCCUCUGUCCUUGGUCAUUCUAGGUGUAUACUUAUAAAAGACA